GCGUCGCAUGAAGAGCCUCUCCGUGCUUGCAGCGCUGGCUGCCGCGUCCUUGGCGGCGACGCCCGACCCGACCUACUGCCCCAACAUCUUCUACCAGGCCGGCAACCUCAUCUUGCAGAGCCCCUUCCUCCUCUCGAAUGACGCGAGUGUCACCGCAGCAUGCCACUCGUGCAUUGCCAAGGUGGCGGCGCAGCAGACGUAUGCACCCUUGUGCUACGUCAUUGGCAUGCCCGGCUACGACCCAGCGUACUCGAUCGCGCAAGACUGCCACUGCCUCUCACUCGGGCUCACGGAAGCCUGCGCGCAAAUGUGCUUGCCCAACCCGAUAUGCUCGGCCAACUCGGUGCGCCCCGAGUGCACGGCGUGUGUCGCCAAGAACGCGCCGUCGACCUGCGACCGCAACGCGUGGUCGCUCCCUUGCUACGAGACGUGCCAGAGCCCGAGCUGCAUCACCGAGUGCAGCGCUGGGCCCCAGUGCCACCCGUCCGACGCUGUCUGCGCUGCUUGCGUCUCGCAGCAGUCGGCGUCGUGCAGCACCUCUGUGGCGAGCUACGGACGUCCAUGGAGCGCCGCGUGCACGGCCGGAUGCUACUCGAGCGCAUGCGCCAAGCAGUGCAACCGCGUCUGCGGUGACGGCUUCCUCACGGCAGACGAGCAAUGCGACGACGGCAACACCGAGCCAGGCGACGGGUGCGCGGCCAACUGCCAGAUCGAGCCCAACUUUGCGUGCACGGGAACAACGACGAGCACGUGCCACCUUGGAUCGUGCGGCGACGGCGUCCUCGAAGGCGCCGAGACGUGCGACGAUGGCAACCAUGACAGCGGCGACGGCUGUUCGUCGGCGUGCCAGGUUGAAGUCGGUGCGUCAUGCACCGGGACACCGUCGCGUUGCACGGCGGUCUGCGGCGACGGCGUGCGCGCCAGCGGCCUCGAAGGCUGCGACGACGGCAACCUGACGUCCGGCGACGGGUGCAGUGCCAACUGCGUCGUCGAAAAAGGCUACAGCUGCGCAGCCACUACUGCGCGCAAGUCGCAGUGUACACCGGUGUGCGGGGACGGCUACGUGCUCCCGGCCAUCGAGAGCUGUGACGACGGCAACACGGCGUCGUUCGACGGCUGCAGUAACGCCUGCCAAGUGGAAGCAGGCUACACCUGUUCUGCGGGCUCGUCCGGCGCGUCGACGUGCGCAGCCACCUGCGGCGACGGCGUCGUCGCCUUCCCCGUCGAGACGUGCGACGACGGCAACCACAUUUCGGGCGACGGCUGUUCGUAUUCGUGCGCUGCCGAAGAGGGCUUCAAGUGCACAGGUACCGCACCUUCGACGUGCGCUGCGGUCUGCGGCGACAGUCGGCUCGCGAGCACCGAAGCGUGCGACGACGGCAACACGCUCAGCGGCGACGGCUGCGACCCGAACUGUGCGAUCGAGACGGGCUGGGCCUGCUCGAACGUCGGCACGCCUAACUCGGUGUGCAAGCCGAUUUGCGGCGAUGACAUUGUCACUGGGUGGGAAGAAUGCGACAGUACCGCGCAAGGCUGUCUCAACUGCAAGCUCACGACGCCCGGCCCGUCCGUGUGCGGUAACGCGAUCCUCGAGUCGGGCGAGCGCUGCGACGACGGCAACGCCAAGUCCGGCGACGGCUGCACCGCGACGUGUACGAUCGAGCCGGGCUACGUGUGCAAAGGCACCAACUGCUACGGCGUCUGCGGCAACAGCAUCAAGACGUCCAGUGAAGGCUGUGACGACGGCAACACCAAGUCGGGGGACGGCUGCUCGGGCACGUGUGCGGUCGAGAGAGGCUACCAGUGCACGAUCAACAGCGCCGGCAAGUCGUCGUGUAGCCCUAUCUGCGGCGACGGCCGCGUGCUCUCGCCCGAGACGUGCGACGACGCCAACGCCGUGUCGGGUGACGGGUGCAGCAGCACGUGCAUUGUCGAAGCUGGCUUCCAAUGCCGAGCCAAUGCGAACGGCGUCUCGACCUGCACGCCGGUUUGCGGCGACGGGAUCAAAGUGGCCUCGGAAGCGUGCGACGACGGCAACACGAGGGCUGGCGACGGCUGUAGCGCUACGUGCACGAUCGAGCGCGGCUUUGGAUGCAGCGGUACCAAGCCUAGUGCGUGCGCAGCGACCUGCGGUGACGGUAUCGUCGCUGGCUCCGAGGCCUGCGACGUGGGCAACACGGCGGGCACAGCGGGGUGCUCGAGCAAGUGCCAACUGGUGCCGGGCUUCCAGUGCUCUGGUAGUCCAUCCGUGUGCAGCCGCGGCGUUUCGUGCGGUGACGGCAUCGUGUCACCUGGCGAGCAGUGCGACGACGGCAACACCAAGUCGGGCGACGGGUGCAGCUACCGCUGCCGCACCGAAGCGCUGUAUACGUGCACGGGGUCAGCGCCGUCGACAUGCGCCAAGAGCAACUGCCCCAACGUCCGGCGCGACUGGGCCGCGCUCUCGGCUCAAGACAAGGCGACGUUCAUGACGUGCGUCGACCGCAUCUUCCAGAGUGGGUACUACCAAAAGCUCACGGGCAUCCACGUCUACUCGCCCAACGACCAGUACGCGCACCACACGAACGGCUUUGUGCAGUGGCACCGCAAGUGGCUGCUCAUGGUGCAGAACCUCAUGCGCUCCACGGGCGGCGUCUGCGCUUGCAUUGAUCUUCCGUACUGGGACUGGACGCGGGAUGCCGCCAAUAUGCAGUCGAAUGGCUGCCGCAACAAGCUCGAAUGCAACCCGGUCUUGCAAGAGUGGGGCGGCGGCGGCUCGACGCGAGGCACGUACAAGACGGUGCCAGUGUACAGCGACCCCGCGACGGGAUCGCCGUCCGGCGGGGCGACCGGCUACUGCGUCUUGAACGACAUUACGCGCAACUGGCGCGCCGGUAUGACGCUUGGCCGCUUCUCGACCGCGUACGACCCCAACUGCCCCGUGCUUCGUCGCGGCUGGGGCGACACGAGCGACCAGAGCGGGUACUACUCGGUGCCCAUGGCGACAACGUCCUUUCUGCGCCUCGCAUCGAACCUCGCGCGGGCUACGGCGUACCGGUCGUUCAUCCCGAUCGCCCUCGGCGACAUCCACGUCUUGCCACACGACAACAAUGGCGGGUUCAUGACCACAUUUAUCAGUCCGGCAGACCCGAUCUUUCUCUUGCACCAUGGCAACGUGGACCGCGUGUACGCGCUCUGGGAAGCCUGCCACGGAUGCACGAGCCCGUCGCCGACCACGCGGACGGUCGAAGGCACAUGCUAUGUCGGGAGCAAUAGCGGCGACGGCAUCAACGACGAAAUGAGCUUUCUCGUGUACGACGACGUCGGCGGCGGUCGGUACAACAUUGUGGCUGCCGACGUCGCGACCGACUUUGCAGAGUGGAUGCCGCAAGGGUUCCAUACACCUGGUGACAUGAUGGACACGAACUCGCUGGGCGAGUACGCGUACCGGUACGGCUCGAACGCGUUCGACGGGCAGCUCUGGGCAGCGAGCGGGUGCUCGACCAAGCAGCCGUCGGCCGUGCUCCUCGCGCACCACCCCAACUUUGUCGCGCUGCAAGCGACGGCUAAUACGACGUCGUCCGACAACGACGACGAUACGACCAAGUACCUCGACUGGGUCCAGAACUUGCUCGACAAAGUCCGCUCAUUUGUCUCAUCACUGCAGCAGUCCAACCUCUUUAGCCUUCCGUUUGCCCAAGGCUUUCUCGGGCAUUUGGCGUCGCUCGACAUGUACAUCGUCGACGUCGCUGCCACGUGCGAGUGCAUGCACGUCAACAAGCUCCUUCUCGGGCGGUCGGCGGCCGGCGACUACAGCGCGACGUGCCACGACCUCUCGCCCGCGUUCAAACGCCACUGGAACAAGACGUUUAGCGAGACGCGCAGCUGCUUCCAUCGGCUGCACAACUCGGACGAGGUCGACGUGCUCCAGCGCCAGUACUGCGACGUGAUUCUCAACCCCAACUUUGAGGCCGCGCUGCAGUCCUUCCUCGCCGAUGUCACGAGCGCGCUCGCGCCGUCGCUUCUCGAGAACCUCGCGAGCUACUUCAAGUAGACGCUAGUACAUUUGUUCGAUCGUUGGUUGAAGUCGGAACCACAUGUAUGUUAUUCGAUCCCCCGUCGUUUAGUGCAUUUCAGAGACUGCGUUGGCCUCGAGCAAGGAACAUUGUUUCUGCUUGUGAAGGAGUAUCGCUAUUUUCAUUUAAAUAGAUUGGG